AUGAAGUUGAUAACACACAAUGAAAGAUUUCACUAUGACGAAGUCCUUGCAUCUUGCAUACUUCUCCGGAUAUAUCCAGAUGCCGAGAUAGUGAGGACAAGGGACAAGACCCUCAUCGACUCGGGUGAUAUUGUCUACGAUGUUGGUGGAGUGUUCGAUCCUGGACUGGGAAGGUUUGAUCACCACCAGAGGACGUUCUUCGAAACGUUUUCGCCGAAGUACAGCGUCAAGCUCAGCAGCAGCGGACUCAUCUUCAAAUACUUUCACAGGAAACUCUUGUCGCUGUACGGGAUAGAGAGCUCCAGUAGAACAUACGAUCUUGUGGUGGACAAGAUCUACUCUGAGUUUUUCUUGUAUGCGGAUGCCAUAGACAAUGGGCAGGAUAUAUAUGGGGAGAUAAAGCCUCGGAGCAUUGCAGACCUAGUCAAUCUGUUCAAUGUAGAUGGGUCUGGGAGAGAUGCAGAAACCGAGGGGUUCUAUGAGGCACUAAGGAUUGUGGAUAAGGAUCUUGACAACUACAUGAAGAGGAUCAAGCUGUGGACUGACAAUUACGAACACAUGGAAAAUAAGAUAAAGGAAACAAGUGGGCCGAUUCUUGUGCUAGACAAGCACUAUAGCACGGACUUGGUCCUGGAGAUUGAAGCCCAGAAUGGGAAGGACUUCAAGUUCAUGGUGUUUCCCCAUAGAGGUGCAUACAGAGUAAUUGCUAUUCCAAAACAUAAGGGAACAUUCGAAACAAAAAAUCCCCUCAGAAAGGAGUGGCGUGGACUUGUGAACGAAGAGCUGGUGGAGGCGUCUGGAAUAGAGGGCUGUACCUUUGUCCACUCCUCCGGGUUUAUGGGAAUUAACAGUACACUAGAGAAUGCACUGAAAAUGUGCACAGAGUCUCUUCCGGAUGAUGAAGAUCCACGCCAAUAA